GGUAUGGACUUCCCUGUACCCGGGGUAUUCAGUCUUCCUCCUUCUGGGCACCCACACACACACACACACCAUGGCUGCUGCCGCUGCUGCUACUACUGCCCCAGGAGGGAGAAAUGGCAGACUUGCCGGGAAAAAGAUUGUGUUGACUGCCGCGGCUCAGGGAAUUGGAAGGGCAACGUUGGAAGCCUUCCUGAGAGAGGGAGCCUCGCUUGUGGUCGCUAUCGACAUCAAUGGCGAGAAGCUGCAGGAGCUGUCAUCGAAGUCAGGUGUGGAGUGCCGGGUGCUGGACGUAAGGGACGGGGACGGGAUUCGAGCCCUCGCUCAGAGCUUCACCGACAUCGACGUCCUCUUCAACUGCGCCGGGUACGUUCACCAGGGUAACAUUCUGGAGACCACGGAGGAGAGGUGGGACUAUAGCUUUGAUGUCAACGUCAAGAGUAUGUUCCACUUUAUCCAGGCCUUCCUCCCCCAGAUGAUCGAGAAGGGUGGAGGGUCCAUCAUCAACAUGUCGUCAGUGGCCAGCACUCUGAGGGGAAUACAGAGCCGUUGUGUGUACGGCGCCACCAAGGCUGCAGUCAUCGGACUCACAAAGGCCGUGGCUAGAGACCAUGUCCGCCAGGGCGUCAGAUGCAAUGUUAUCUGCCCUUCUCCCGUGGCCACUCCAAGUUUCACCGAGAGAUCCCAUGACUUGAACGACUCGGACAAGGAUCACAUUGAUUACAUACAGGAUAUUAUGAUUGGUCGCCUAGCGUACCCAGAGGAGGUGGCCAACCUGUGCGUGUAUUUGGCUUCUGACGAGUCAUCAUACCAUACUGGCAAUGUGUUCACCAUUGAUGGGGGCUUCUGUCUCUGAGUACACAAAAUGCUACAAAUACCCAACACUGGAAAUCUCCAGAAGAUGCGGAAAUGAAGAUCUCAACUUGUCAUUCUGAAGUCUGGUUGCUCUGAACCCCAGAAACACUUUUAAAGUCAAGAAUAUUUGGAAAAAAUCUUCUCACAUUUUGAUUGCUGUAGAACAUCUGGAAUGCCAUGAAGAAACUCAAACUAUUUCCCAACCUAACCGGUGUUAACCCAUUUAACACAUCUGAGAAUUGCAAGAUAAUGUAUUUUUUCUGUGAACAUAAAUUAUUUUCUCUGCUCACUCUA